AAAUAACGUUACUUCCGCAUUGUCCGAUUCCAGUGGAAAUAUAUUGGACUGUCGCAAAUCUGUUUUUUAACGGCUUGUACUGGUGUCCUUUCUGUAAAGGUACACAUAAAACACCAGGAUAGGGGCAACAGCAUUUUUUUUUAUUCACGACUCCUUCUGAGCAACUCACAUCCAGCCUGGGGUGAGCAUACCCUCUAGAAGUGAACAGAAAGAUGAAACCAUUUUCUAAGAAUAUGGUUUCUGUCACGCUUUGGAUACCAAUCAUAAUCCUUUUUGGUUCUCUCUGUGAUGGUGGCAAAAUCUUGGUGGUACCUUUGGAAGGAAGUCACUGGGUGAACAUGGACAUCAUCAUCAAGGCUUUACAUGAUCAAGGACACAACGUUGAUGUAAUACGCAGCUCCAGUAGCUGGUUCAUCAAGGAGAACUCAUCUUAUUACAACUCUAUAACCAUACCUAACACCAAAGGAAUAAAUGAAGAAUUUGUGGUAGAUGUGCUCAACAAAAUGAUUGACUAUGAAAGAGGAAAGAGCUUCUGGCUAAGUGCUGUAUGGCUGUUUUGGGAUAUGAUUAGUGUCAUUUAUGAAACCCAUGAAAUGAUAUAUCAGCUUAUAACAAACAUAUUUGAAAGUGAGGAAAUUCUGAAGACACUGAAGGAAAAUCAAUACGAUCUGGUGCUCACUGAUCCAUGGUGGGGUGCAGGAAUUCUCCUGGCUCAUAAACUCAAGUUACCCAUGGUAUAUAAUGUGAGAUGGACCACUCCUGGAGAGGGACAUUUUGAGAUCGCUCCCUCACCAUUGUCCUACAUCCCUAUCACAGGAUCUAGAAACACAGACAAAAUGAACUUUUUUCAGCGAGUAAAAAAUAGUAUGUAUUAUUUGCUAAUGUACUUUCAAAAUGGCUAUUUUAAUUUGGCACAGUACCAAGCACUUUGUGACAAAUACUUCUAUCCACCUGUACGUUUUUAUGAACUUCUCCAGGGGGCUGAUAUAUGGCUUAUGAGGGUUGAUUUUGUCUUUGAAUUUCCACGUCCAACAAUGCCAAAUAUCAUCUACAUUGGUGGCUUCCAGUGCAAACCAGCGAAGGCCCUUCCACAUGACCUGGAAGUCUUAAUGCAAAGUUCUGGAGAGCAUGGAGUUGUUAUAAUGUCUUUAGGGUCAUUUAUUAGUAUUCUACCAGAUGAGGUAACAGCGGAAAUAGCAGCCGCUUUUGCUCAGCUCCCUCAAAAGGUUAUUUGGAGAUACACUGGAAAAAGACCAUCUGGUUUGGGCAACAACACAUUACUGGUUGACUGGAUGCCACAGAAUGAUCUUCUAGGGCAUCCAAAGACUAAACUUUUUAUUGCACAUGGUGGAACCAAUGGGGUACUAGAGGCUUUGUAUCAUGGUGUUCCAGUGGUUGGAAUUCCACUGUUUUUUGACCAGUAUGACAAUCUUCUUCGAUUACAAAAUAGGGGAGGAGCCAAUAUACUUUCUAUUGCAACUUUAGAUCAAAACACACUGUACACGGCUAUACAAAAUGUAAUCAAUGAUCCAUCCUACAGAAUGAAUAUGCAGAGACUGUCUCAUCUGCACAGAGAUACUCCAGUUAAACCUUUGGACAGUGCCCUCUUCUGGAUUGAGUUUGUAAUGAGACACAAAGGUGCUCCUCACCUUCGUUCAGAAUCCUACAAACUGCCUUGGUACUCCUAUUACUCAGUAGAUGUUGUGGUUACAUUGUUCGCAGUUGUUUUGAUAUUCACUGUCUCUGUAUUUUUAACAGUUAGAUAUAUAUGUGUCAAGUGCUUCAGCAGAAAAAGGAAAACUGAGUGACACAUUUGCAAAUCUUAGAUGUAUAUUCUAUUCUUUACUACUAAUGUAAUGAGCAGCACACUAAACUUGGUACAGAAAUUAUAAGGACAUAAUGCAGAAUCUUGUCUGAAAACUAAAUAUCCUUGCCUUUUUGGGCAACACUCUACAUACUGUCUUUAUUAAUUGUAUCAUUGUACCAGUUCAGUGUGCUGCUCAUUACAUAAGUAGUAAAGAAUGGCACAUACAUGAUUUUACUAACACACUGCAUCUUACCGAAAAAAUAAAUAAAUAAAUAAAUUCUUCCUCUAUGCUUUCACUAUUCCUUAAUCCCUCCCUGUUUUUGCUUUUCUAUUCUAAACGAUAUCUGAAAACUUUGUACUACUUGCACUUUGUGUGUUUAUUUCUCUUUAUGAAAUAAUUAAUCAAUGUAAAUGUCUUUUUGUAAGCAAGUAUGAUAACUCUUUUAUGCCAUAGAAUCAGAAUUAAGCCAGAGCUUUCCCUAUCCAAUUUUUUUUUUUCAUUGUUUCAAGAAAUAUCUGCAUCCGCACGAAACCACAAAACUGACACAA